AUGGCUUUCUUGGACAACCCAGCCAUUAUUUUGGCCCACAUCCGGCAGUCCCAUGUGACCAGCGAUGACACGGGCAUGUGUGAGAUGGUGCUAAUCGACCACGACGUGGAUCUGGAGAAGUGGCAGCUGGCCUCGGUGCCCGGUAGCAGCGGGGGGUCACUGGGUUCAGGCUCCCUAGGCGAAGGGGGCAGCGGAGGGGAGAACCCGGGCAGCGACCUCUCCCAGUCAUUGGACAUCACCUCCAGCUGGGACUUUGGCAUCCGCCGGCGCUCCAACACAGGUAAACAAUGGGGCUCUGACUGUGGCAAGAGAACCAGUUAGUGAGCGAGCUGUUUGUGGGGCUGUCGUGUGGAAUUCAGAUCAGUGGUUUACUCACAUAGGCUAGUUGGCCAAUGGGGUGGUGCUUCUUGUUGUAGAAGGCAGCAAUACAACAGGUUGAUGCUGUAUGUUUAAUAAAGAGACUGCUGAGCAGGUUGGGGUCAGUUCCUAAUUAGCCUUGUGAAUGAAUUGCAGAAGUCCACAUAGAAAAUAGUCAUUCUCUUUCUGAAUUAAUUGGAAUAGAAUUGACCCCAGCCCUGCUGUAAAGUCUGUCUUUGAAAAUCACAUGUAUUACCCCAUGAACAAGCUUGUAUAAAACACCAGGGCAGUAUGAAUGUUGUAAAUAAUUAUACAAUUAGAGUAAAUACAUUUUUAUCUCUGACAAAAGCCUAGUGUUAAUCAGAUGUGGGUUUCAAAAGUAUUUUGUUUUCUUACAAGUACUUUGAGCAUUUGCCUGCUUGGAGCGCUAGGUGGGUGGGGUUUACACUUUUGGAACUUUUCCAUUGGUUCCCUUACAAUCAGGCAAGCUCAAUCAAGCGCCACUAAAGUAUUUGAAAGGAAACAAAUACUAGUUGAACCCAGGCUUGGGGUUUAUUGACCAUGUUACCCCAGAGGAAUUAUUUAGGUUGGGUGCACCAAGCAGAACUCAGAACAAUUAGGCCUAGUGGCUGUGAAAGUGGUCUUUGACAGAGCCUGCUUGGUUCACUCUGCUCAUUUAUUGUCCCUGGGCUUGUGAUUUUCAGAGGUGGACGUUUAGGUUUUUACACGUUUACGUUGAAUGCUUCAUUGGUCAUCGGUAAACAUAGCAUUGAUUUGUAUUGCCAAAGAGCUCUAAUUUUGUUUCAUUGGUCCGGAGAACAUUUCCCCAGGAUUUAGGCUUGUUUCGGUGGGUUUUUGCAACGUUCAAUGGGGGGGGGGGUUCUUGUCUCUUUCAGCAGUGGGGUCUAAUCUCCCGAGUGGCGCAGUGGUCUAAGGCACUGCAUCGCAGUGCUAGCUGUGCCACUAGUGAUCCUGGUUCGAAUCCAGGCUCUGUCGUAGCCGGCCGCGACCGGGAGACCCAUGGGGCGGCGCACAAUUGGCCUAGCGUCGUCCAGGGUAGGGGAGGGAAUGGCCGGCAGGGGGUGUAGCUCAGUUGGUAGAGCAUGGCGUUUGCAACGCCAGGGUUGUGGGUUCGAUAAAAUAAUGUAUGCGCUAACUGUAAGUCGCUCUGGAUAAGAGCGUCUGCUAAAUGACUAAAAUGUAAAUGUAAAUGUCUUCCUAUGUUUUACAACGACCAAAUGAAGCGUUCAAAGAAAAUAACACCCUCCCUACAAUCAAACAUGGGGGCGGUUCGAUAAUGCCGUGGGGUUGCUUUGCUGCCUCUGGUACUUGGGGGCCUUGAACGUGUGCAAGACAUUAGGAUAUAAGCAGAUUAUCAAGGUGUUUUUGAGUGCAAUUUUCAACCCAGUGUCCAAAAACUGGGUCUCUGUUGAAGUUUGUGGACCUUCCAGCAGGACAACAACCCAAACAAACAUCAAAAAGCACCCAGGAAUGGUUCAAGAAUUAACAUUGGACUGUUCUGGAGUGGCCAACGAUGAGUUCAGAUCUAAAUCCCAUCAAAAGCAUUUAUCAGAAGGCACCACUCAAACAUUGACAAAUUGGAGCAGUUUGCAGCUGAAGAGUGGGCCAAAUUGCCAGCAGAAAGGUGCAGCAUGGCUCAUUGAUGGCUACAAGAAGCAUUUGUCUGCAGUUGUCUUCACCAAAGGCUGUUUGUUUAACCAAGUACUAGCUCUUGGUUGCCAAUAAUUGUGUCAAUACCAUUGGUUUUUAUUUUCUUAAUUCUAAUUGUAAUCUUAAAUUUCCCCCCCCCAAAAAAAAACCAUUUCUGCAAUGUUGACAAAAGUUAUUUUUUAAAAAAAAUUCAACUCAUUUGAGAAGAAAUAGGGAAUUAUUUAAGAAAAGUGCAAGGGUGCCACUGGCAAUAUAUCUGUCCGCUACUGUAAGUGCUUUGCCCAGUGCUUGAAGCGAGACAUUGGGCAGUGCCACUUUGUAGUGCUACAUGUGAAAAAACACUGCUAUACUGAGGAGGACUCUUAUUUUGUAAACGAUUUCACACCAAUGUCAGGAUGGGGGUAGGCUGUGUGUGAAGUAGGGAGGAGUUCAUUGGACCUGUAACCUUCCCUCUUGGUAGAUUUCCAGUUCAAGUCUCAGAACUUAUUAGCCAAGAAAUUAAACCGUGCUGUACUCGGUACAGUGAGUGCUGAUUUGGUUGUGUCUGAAAAUCAAACGGGCAAUAAUAUGUUUUCAUGGAGUAAUUAAAGUUUGGGUUCACGGCUCCCGAGGCAUGCCUUCAUGGUCUACAACGUUAUUCUUCAUAGUGUUUUUCUUUAAGGCUUUCCACUUCUCUUGAUUUUAUGGACGGUUGGCACAGCAGUUGUGGGCAGAGGCCAUGGUAAUCAGGGGAUCGCCGGGGCUUGAUUUGUAUGUAAAUGAUGCUUUUGUUCGCUCUAUUGCCCAAAUGAAAAAGAUUGUUUAAAAAAAAAAAAAAAAUGCCUCUUGUUGUUAACCCUUUAACUCAUGGACACCAGCUCUUGAGGACCUUGAAAGGGUUAUCAAUGAAGGUUUAUCAAUGAAGGGUUAUCAAUGAAUGGUUAUCAAUGAAGGGUUCUCUGUAAAGGUAGGCUGAUGGAUAAGGCAUAACAUGUUAUUGAGUAGCCACGGGGAAUACUGUGUUAUUCAAUGAAGGUACAUUAUUAUGAGCACACGAUUGAUGGAGUGAGAUUCAAGCCCAUGAUAUUAUGUAUUCAACCUUUACAGGGACAGGGUACAGUAACCAUUAAUUACUAUUAAUGCACAGAGCUGGGACAUUUUUUUUUAUUGAAGGGAGAAUUUAGUCAGCCCACCAAAUUGAUGGGAAUAGCCUCAUUUGUUUCUACAGUGGUACUGUGUCAAACGCGACCCUCAAGGUUAUCUAGCUAGCUAAGCUAAUUGUCUUCACCAAUGUGUUACUCAUACACACUAUGCAAUAUAGGCGAGCCGUAAACCUCCGCCAUUUCCAUGAUGUGGGUUCACGUCAGUCAGGAGGAUGCUUGUGUGCUAGGAAUCCCUUUAAAGGCAGAGGUGGGCAUGGUGGGUUUGUAUGGAAUUAGCUGGGAACCAAUGAGAGUUAAAAUGCCCGGAGCACAACUUGAUCCAUUGUGAGGUGCUUGGGUUUACUGCCAGAAUCAGAGGGAGUCCAAAGGCAUCUGAAGUCUGGCUAGACGAUCUCCUUUUGGCUCCCUUGGCUCCUGUUGUGUUUGGGGAAGCGGUGGUGUUUUGGGGUCUGAGUGUUCUUCUGCUGAGACUUCACCUGAAGUGGCUGACUGUCUCACCAGGACGUCAACAAGAAAGGCGCGAGAAACCAGGGGUGGCUGGUAAGAAGACAAGUCUAUAUAAAACCUGGUACAAAACGUUUUUAUAGACAAAACGAAAGUGUGACUGUUUGACUCUGGACUGCCUGAAGUGUCUAGUUGUAUUUCUAUAAUGUAGAUGUAUAGAUCUAUUUGUUUUAUUUCUAUAAUGUAGAUGUAUAGAUCUAUUUGUUUUAUUUCUAUAAUGUAGAUGUGUAGAUCUAUGUGUUUUAUUUCUAUAAUGUACAUGUAUAGAUGUAUGCCCCAGGAAGACCCCCCCCCCCCAGGUAACUGCCACUGCUGCUGAAAAAAAAUCCUAGGGGAAACAUUGGGUAGGGUGGGGGGGUGGUCAUCUGUGUUGGGCGGACAGGUUUGACACUGCCCAGCGAGAGUGUUUCUCGUCCCCCUCCAGUGUUCCUCGUAGCAUAUCUCACACCUCCCGAGAUGUUGUUUACCAUCAGUGUCCACAGUGUUCCCUUGCGUCAAAUGUACUUUAAAUAAACUUCAGUUUCUGUUUUCCCUCUCCUAGUGUGACUGCAUGACCCUGACCAAUGACAAUGGUCAAAAAAAUGAGAAGAAUGACUUUUGUUGGUCUGGCCUUUUUUUUUUUUAAUCCUUGUUUUAUUUUCUUAUUUUUUAAAGCUCAAAGACUUGAAAGGUUAAGGAAGGAGCGACAGAACCAGAUCAAAUGCAAAAACAUUCAAUGGAAGGAGAGGUCGUCUUCGCAAUCAGGUACACUACAUUUCUCCUUCUCUCCAGAAAUAUUUGCUGAUAGGAGUUUCAAUGAGGUAAAAGCUGACAGGAGUUUCAAUGAGGUAAAAGCUGACAGGAGUUUCAAUGGGGCAAAAUCUGAUAGGAGUUUCAAUGGGGUAAAAGCUGAUAGGAGUUUCAAUGGGGUAAAAGCUGAUAGGAGUUUCAAUGGGGUAAAAGCUGAUAGGAGUUUCAAUGGGUCAAAAGCUGAUAGGAGUUUCAAUGGGGUAAAAGCUGAUAGGAGUUUCAAUGGGGUAAAAGCUGAUAGGAGUUUCAAUGGGGUAAAAGCUGAUAGGAGUUUCAAUGCAGUAAAAGCUUCAAUGAUCCUUUCUUUACACUGAUCUCAGACAACUACAGUGCUGCAUAGGGAAUUUUCAUGGAACCAGGGAAUGGUUAUUUUGCUUUGAUCAAUCUCCACAUGUGAUGUCACAAAAUCCGAUAGCAUGUUACAGAAACUGUCACACCUACGCUAUGUAGUGAAAUGUACUACUAUACAAUGUAUAGGCCUAAUGCUAAAGUCCUGUUUGACUUGAAAUCCUGGCACAAUCAAUAACGUCAGAGAGAAUAUGAAUACGUUGUUCGAUCACUCUCUGUUUGCCGUCAACACUUCAUUUUUCUGUCCCAGCGGAAGACCUGGGUUCCCUGUUUGAGAAGAGGGACUUCAAAGAUAGGCCCAGGAGCACUGGUACCAAGUCAACCCUCUCCCUCCGGCUCGAGCAAUGCCCCCAGCAGCUCAACAACCCUUUCAACGAAUACUCCAAAUUCGACGGCAAGGUAGGUGCUCCCAGGUGUCUGGUAACAUAUCUCUGA